GGAGCAGCGGCAGCUCACGCUCAAACUGAAACGCACACCGCGGUCGGGCUGACUGCUGAAAGGGCGCCACGACACUGACUCUUCCUCCUUCUCCUCGGGGGAUGGAGGGACGCUGAAGGGGGAGCUUCAUCACCUUCAUCAUCAUCAUCCUCAUCACAGUGCAUCAGCAGCAGCAGCAGCAGCGGCGGCGGCAGAGUGACAGGCGCAGCAGCUGCAGAAAAGUUGAGGAGGAUCCGGUUCGUCACCGGAGCUGCGGACGGGCUUUGGGCCAGGCAUUAACACGGGAGAAGCAGCCCUACUGGACUCGGAUCCGGUGGUUCUGAAGGAUUCGCUGCGCGUUCACCGGUCCCGGGUUGGAAACUGCUGUUGCAUUGAGCGUGUGGCGUCGGUGUUUAUCCCGGCCACUUCCCGGUGCUUCCACCGUGUGCGUGGCGGGUCGGAUUUACAUGACGGACUGUGUUUGAGCUGACUGGACGGUCCCGGACUGUGGAUCUCACGGCUGCCGAGCGACGGGGACUGAAGCGGCGCAGGUGACGGACAAGAACCGGACCCGAGGCUCACGCGUUCCGUGCGGGAGCGAGGGCAGAGAAGUUGUCCGGGGAGAGAAGGCGCUGAGGCGAAUCCCCACAGAGUCAGAGCGCGAGACUCACGGACCACCUCCACAAUUCACACCACACUGAUCUCUUCACGGGAAUUGAUUAAUUGUCCACGUUUUAACGGAUAAACGAGCCGCUUCUCCCAGUUCCUGCGCUGUUCUCUACCGAAUCGAUAGGCUUUAGAACCGGGCACCGAUCAUUUUAGCCGCCCUCCAUCCAUCAACCGUGAGCCGUGAAGCGCGGAUCGUUUAGACCCCGUGGAGAAGCCGAACGAAUUAUCUCCUCCACGGCGAAACAAUCCCACAUGCUGCCUGUAAAUGAUCCACUUAACCCCCGAGAGGAACGGGAACGCGGGCCGGCGGCGCUGACUUACUGCCCCGGUUCAACGCUGUCAGCUGGAAGCGGCGGCACGAGUUCCAUUCUGUCGGAUUUGCCUCAGAUUCACGCUUAUCUUGACGUGAAAAAGUAAAUUCAUUUGCCAAAAUAUUGAAUUUAGCCUAAAAACCUAAUAUAAAAUAGAACUGUAGGAAAAAAAGUAUAAUACAAAUCAAAAAGAUAUAUGUAAACAUGUGGACUUGAAGAGAAGAGUGAAUCUACAGCUCCUGGCACUGACCUUAAUGUUCUGCAAGAUAUUUUCAUUACCCUCUGUAUCAUAAUAAUAAUCCCAUAAUAGUCAGAUAGGAGUUUAUUCAUGCUUUAUUGCAUGUGUGGAUGAGCCUUAACUCAAAAGAAAUUAACUUUAUACCAGCCUAGGGACACAAAGCUGCCGCUGUAAAUCUCCCACGCUGGCUUAAGCCAGGACAAGCCGGGACACAUCCUGGAUGGAGGUGGACCCAGCCCUGGUUAAAGAGGAGGGUUCCCAUCAACCACACGCGGUUUUAGUGCUAAAUCUGUCCAGCUAAAUUAAGACUUGAGCUGGUUUGCAGGCUGACAGGAUCCUAUGAAGGCUGCAUUCUCACCCUGACACCUGUCUGUGCAAUUUUAGAGUUGAGCUUUCCUAGCUGAUUUCCUGUGAAGGUCUAUGGAUGAUACGCUCAUUGUAUAGCCACAUCCUCAACAGCAUUCCUCCUCCUCCUCCUCCUCUACACUUGAACUUGAGCCAUGCUGCAUUGAUUUAUUCUCUCCGUACCACAGAACAGAAGUGCACACGACCAUCUCAUCUCUUCUGCUUUGUCCGUCUUGUUGCCUGAAAUGUAAGAAGCGCGGUGGUGCUGAGUUUCCGCCUCAUGUCAGAGCUGAAGGACAUGCAUAGGAGCCCUGCGGCAGAGAGGUCAGAGGUCGGGUUUUCAGAAGUUUAAGCAGCACGGACUGGAGGCCUGACAGAACACGAUUCUGUCUUUAAAGCUCGAGGUUUUUUGCUGACAUAGUGACACCUCCAGCUACAUGGGACUGAACGACAGCAGCCCAGGCGCCAUGCGGAACGGCCGCGGGCUCUCCGACCAGUGGGCCGACUCCGUGGUGGUCCGGCCCCGGACCACCGAGCGCCACAUCACGGUGCACAAGCGCCUGGUGCUGGGCUUCGCGCUCUCCAUCCUCACGCUCAUCAUCGUGACGGUGGUGGCCGUGGUGCUCAGCGUCCGCUUCGAGGAGUGCGGCAGCGGACGGGGCCGCGACCGCGCGGCGGGGGAGCCGGGCGCCCGCGGCGCCGGAGGCUCGGCAAGGCUGAACGGCAGCAGAGGCGAGAGGACGGGGGACAGAGGGGACGACGAGGCGGCCCAGCCGUGGAGAAGCCCCCGGCUGCCGGGCUCGGUCCGGCCGCGGCACUAUGACCUGCGGCUCGCCGUCUACAUGGACAACUUCACCUUCUCAGGAGAGGUCAGCAUCGAGCUGGAGUGCGUCAACGCCACCAGAUUCAUUGUGCUGCACACCGACCGCCUAGAGGUGGACCAGGUGUCUGUCACAGCCGAGGGAGGCGCUGCUGGGCGCCCUGCCAGGCCUGCGGGUGGGGCCAUGCGCAUCCAUCGCCACUUCCCUUUCCCAGCCAACCAGAUGUAUGUGGUGGUGCUGCACCGUGAGCUGAAGCCGAUGAGAGUUUACCGGCUGAACAUGAGCUUCGACGCUGCCAUCGAGGACGAGCUGCUCGGCUUCUUCAGGAGCUCGUACACCCUGCAGAGAGAGAGACGGUACCUGGCAGUGACUCAGUUCAGUCCCAUCCACGCCCGGAAGGCCUUCCCCUGUUUCGAUGAGCCCGUCUACAAGGCCACCUUCUCCCUCACCAUCCGCCACGACGCCCAGUACACCUCGCUGUCCAACAUGCCGGUGGAGAGCAGCUCGCUGUCAGACGAGGACGGCUGGCUGACCAACCGCUUCGCCCGCACGCCCCGCAUGUCCACCUACUACCUGGCCUGGGCCGUGUGCAACUUCACCUACAGGGAGACGCAGACGGACAGCGGUGUGACGAUCCGACUCUACGCGCGGCCAGAUGCCAUUUCCAGCGGAGCCGGGGACUACGCUCUCCAAAUCACCAAGAGGCUCCUGGGAUUCUACCAGGCCUACUUCAAAGUGCAGUACUCGCUUCCCAAACUAGACCUGCUGGCGGUGCCCAAGCAUCCCUACGCUGCCAUGGAGAACUGGGGCCUCAGCGUCUUCGUGGAGCAGAAGAUCCUGCUGGAUGCCGAGGUGUCGUCGUCGUCCUACCAGAUGGAGCUCACCAUGGUGGUCGUCCAUGAGAUCUGCCACCAGUGGUUUGGUGAUCUGGUGACGCCGGUGUGGUGGGAGGACGUCUGGCUGAAGGAAGGCUUUGCUCAUUUCUUUGAGUACGUUGGCACCGACUUCCUCUUCCCGAAGUGGAACAUGGAGAAGCAGCGUUUCCUGACGGACGUGCUCCAUGAGGUGAUGCUGCUGGACGGCCUGAGGUCGUCCCACCCCAUCUCCCAGGAGGUGGAGCAAGCGACCGACAUCAACCGAGUGUUCGACUGGAUCGCCUACAAGAAGGGGGCGGCACUGAUCCGGAUGCUGGCCAACGUCAUGGGACAGACGCUGUUCCAGAAAGGACUCAAUGAUUAUUUGCUGAGUCACAUGUACAGCAACGCGGCCAGAGACGACCUGUGGAGCAAACUGUCUCAGGCCAUGCGCUCAGAGGGGCGGGACAUUGACAUUGGAGAGAUGAUGGACAGGUGGACUUUACAAAUGGGCUAUCCUGUCGUCACCAUCAGCAAGGACCAAUCAGAGCAGCUCACCACACAUAACAUCACUGUCAGCCAGGAGCACUUCCUGUACGGACAGGAAGUCCGCAGCAACAACAGUUUACAGUGGCAGGUCCCGUUGACAGUCGCUGUGGGAAAUGCAUCCACCGUUUGUUCAGAGAGCCUCAUCUGGAUCAACAACAAGACAGAGACCCACCGGAUACAUCAGAUGCAUGAAAACACGUGGCUGCUGGGAAACAUCAACCAGACGGGCUACUUCCGUGUGAACUACGACCUCCAGAACUGGAAACUGCUGAUUCAGCAGCUGCACAGCAGCCCUCAGAUCAUCUCUGUUGGGAACAGGGCGGGACUGAUCGACGAUGCCUUUAACCUUGCCAGGGCGGGGUACCUCCCACAGGGCGUUCCCCUGCAGCUCAUUGGCUACCUUCCAGAGGAGACGUCCUUCCUGCCGUGGCACGCCGCCAGCCAAGCGCUCUACCAGCUGGACAAGCUGCUGGACCGCACCGACGAAUACAGCCUGUUCAGUGACUACGUGCUGAAGCAGGUCGCGUCACGGUACCAUCAGAUGGGCUGGCCCUCAAACGGUCCUGGGCACGAGGGAAACGUCCUGCAAGCGUCCUACCAGACAGAGGAGCUUCAGAGGGAGCUCAUAAUGCUGGCCUGCAGCUUCGGAAACAAACAGUGCCAUCGUCAGGCUGUGGCCUACAUCUCUGACUGGAUCUCCAGCAACAAGAACAGGAUUCCUCCCAACAUCCGAGACAUAGUUUACUGCACCGGUGUGAGUCUGAUGGACGAGGACGUGUGGGAGUUCAUCUGGAUGAAGUUCCACUCAUCCAACGCCGUUUCAGAGAAGAAGAUUCUGCUGGAGGCUCUGACCUGCUCCGACAACACCUUCCUGCUCAACAGGUUGCUCAACUUGUCUCUGACCUCAGACCUGGUCCCAGAGCAGGACGUGAUCGACGUCAUCGUCCACGUAGGCAGAAACCCUCAGGGUCGAAGUCUUGCCUGGAAGUACUUCAGAGAAAAGUGGGAGGUCCUGAACGCACGCUACGGCGAAGCCUUGUUCAUGAACUCCAAGCUCAUCAGUGGAGUCACAGAGUUCCUGAACACCGAGAAAGAGCUCAGCGAGUUGAAGGACUUCAUCCUGUCCAGCGGCGUGGGGGCGGGGCCUGCUUUGCCGCGAGCGCUGGAGAUCGUCGAGGGCAACGUGCGCUGGCACCGCCUCUAUCGGCGGCAGUUCUACCAGUGGCUACGCAAACCUCCGAGCUCCGCUCUCGGCUGAUGCUGCAUCAGCUGAGCGACGGCGGCGCGACUGCAGAGGGACUGCUAGCGCUGUGCUAGCGCAGUCAGACCGAAUGCACAUAGACACGGACUCAGCUGGGCCCUCGGCUGGUUUCUCUGCUGGUUUAGUAUUUGAAGAUUUUUGCUUUCAGACUCAUUUGUUAUUUCCUGUGUGGCUGAUGUGGUUUUGAACUGGUCUGUGUGCUGUAACAAGUAAAGACACAUUUAGACUAACGCUGCUAGCACUCAAGCUGUCAGUUCAGUUAGCAUUAGCAAGCAGCUAGCCUCGAUCUGCCCAGUGAUAAAACCUUCAGGAGCCACAGGAACCAACUGCCUCCAAGCAGAGAAGGUGUUUGUGUCGUCUGGACUUGCCUCUCUUUCAAACAGUCUGUACGUUGGUGUCCGAACGAUGCUGCUGCAGUUUACGGCUUCACUCAGCUUCUCCACAGCAGCUGCUACAAGCACCCCUCCAACCCUGUCCUAAGAUAUCUCAACCUGGACGGCUUCAUAUCUUACAGUGUGUAAACCAAACUCACAGUCAGACGCCGCAGGUUUUCAUUCUUCCCAGCUUUCAGCUCCAACCAAAUCAUUUUCUAAGCAGAGCUAAACCAGUCGCUGCUGUGUUUGCUACAUUAAACCAACAGUCAAGGGCAGGUUUCCCAGCAGUUGGAUGCGUUUGGAUCAGUAAACAAAGCUGUAGUUAACACAACACUGAGUCUCAACUCACUCAACUCACAUCCACACGGACUCAGCAUCAAAUUAAAGUACAGCCUUGUGUCUUUUUCAUGAUCAAAAACUUGAGCAGUUCGGAAACUAUCAGCAAAUUUGGGAAAUUUGACACAGGCUUAAAUUAGCGACUAAUAUAAAACCUCACAAAAACUUCAACAUUUAAACCACGUGGGAAAAACAAGCCUAGCUGGAAAUGCCCAGAGUGAAAAGGACUUAACAAGGUAAAAGGUGUCACAUAAAAGUAAAGCCAUAGAGACUGAAUCUGUCUAAAAGCAUAACGGUUGUUGGCCUGAACAUUACAGCGGCAAACGCAGCAGUCAUUAGAGCAGAGACAAGCUGUCAGCCGCUGCCUGUUGAGCACAGAUCAGUUUAAUGCUGCGUGGCCCACGUAAUGUGUUCAAAUGUGGACAGAACAGAUUCAAGCCGAUCAUCAGUGGAGCUUAUUUAAUAGACUGGACUGUGUGACGGUUUAAACCCACGAGGCCUCUAGUCUGACGACAGUAAGCCUCCGUCUGCUGCUGGAGACUUCGUAGGCUUGUAUCUGUGGCAGACGCUCCACUCAUCAGCGUUGUCGGUGGUGGAUUUCUGAUGUGGUGGACGUCUCUGGGGUCCACACCAGUCUGGAGCCUGAUUACAUGGACGGGGCUUCAAACACAGUGGAGAUGUGGACGAGGCUGUUCACCUUCAGAUCUUUGAGUCUAAUGAAUUCCGACGACGACCUGCCCUGUGGUGAAAACAAAGCGUCGGACACGUAAGCUUUGGAAAAAUACAUGAGACUUUUCUGAAGAGCGGAUUGAUGUCGGAGACGUGAAUCAAACCGUGGUCCUGCUCAACAGACUGUCUGCAUCGCUCCUCUUCCAUUAGAUCCGGCUUUGAUGUUAUUUAUUGAGCCAUAUGUGAAUUAAUGGGCCUGCCUGCUUCUACAAACUGUGUCCAGUGAAGUGUGUAUGUGUGCGUGUGAUGAAGAUGAUGAUGAAGAGAACUGCAGCAGCUGUAACGUCGCUGUAACAGGCAGGAAAGUGUAAAUUACGGUCAUUAAAGAUUUUAUGGUGGUGAUUACGACUAAGGACGAUUGUUGAUGGAACCCUAAUAAUGGCGUUGGUCUCUAACUGUUUGUGGAAAACGAGUUGAUUUUAUAGUUAUGAUGAUGAUUGGAUUUUUUUACCUUUAUUGUCCUGUCAGGGAAAUAAAGCACACAACAAAUCUGCCCGACUUAUAAUACACACUAUCAAAUAUAUGCAUAUGAUAUUUAAAAUCAGAACGUGCUGUUGAGAUGUAAAACUGAUGAAAUGCUGUUUGUGGUCAUUCUGAUCAAGGUGAUGACUUGGGACCAAAAUGUGACUGAAAUAGGAAGAUGAAUAUUUAGUCCUCCUUCCUGUUUACACUGCUGUGGUUUCCUGUGUUUUCUGAUGGAGAGACAUUAAAACCAUUAACCGUG